AUGGAUGCCGAUAUCAAAGCCGUCAUCCCCAACAUCGACCCCGUCGUCUCGGAGUACUCAGUUGGCUACCUCAACCAUGCAUCGACGCUGUGGACCGAUGAAGAGGACACAAGCGCCUCCUCACCUCUGGAUGAAGCGGGAAUUGCCAUCCGCGAGAUCUUACUGUCGGCAUCAGGGGAGCCCGACCCUCAAUUAGAGCAGAAGAUUACAGAACUCGUCAAGAAAUGGGUGGACAAGUACACCGAAGCCAACGGCGGAGAGCGCCGCGGCCCCUCGACAAUGAAGCGGCUCGAUCAGACCAUCCAAGUGUCCUCGCAACGGAACAUGUCAUCGACUCUAGCUGUCGCUUCGGGCGGUGUCGAUCUCGAAUCAGCCAACAGCCGCAAGGUGGAGUCCAAGGUCGACCGCAAAAAGCUCGAGAAAGCCGAACGCAAGAUUGCCGCCAAGCAGCAAAAGAAGACGUUCAAGACAGUCGAGUACGAGGCAUCGAGACUGCUGGACCAGCCCGAGUCCGCCGAAAACUACGAGGAGUUCUACAUGGCUGUCAACCCGCUCCAGCUGGGGGCGAACUCGAACAAGAGCAAGGACAUCACCUUGGACAAUAUCGAUGUUUCAAUUGGUGGCUUGAGGAUCUUGACCGAUACAACCCUCACACUCGCGUAUGGCCAUCGAUAUGGUCUGAUUACGGGUGAUGAUACGCCAGCCAUCCAGGCCGUCCUCGAUGCCGACGUCUGGCGGAAGGUGCUACUCCGGGAACAAGAUGAAUUCACGGCAAAGCUUGCCGAGAUCGAGGCACAGCGAGCGCCCCUCGCCGACACGUCGGCUGAUGCUGCCAAGCUCGACACGGAACGUGAGGCUCUCGACACCAAGUUGGGAGACGUGCAAGGCAAACUUGCCGAAAUGGACUCAGACAAGGCUGAGUCACGCGCCGCCAGUAUCUUGGCUGGACUCGGUUUCUCUGCCGAGAGGCAGCAAUACGCGACCAAGACGUUCUCAGGUGGAUGGAGGAUGCGUCUGGCGCUUGCCCGAGCGCUUUUCUGCGAGCCUGAUCUCCUUCUUCUCGACGAACCGUCCAACAUGUUGGACGUGCCAUCCAUCACCUUCCUUUCCAACUACCUGCAGGGCUACCCAAGCACAGUGCUGGUUGUCUCUCACGACAGAGCGUUCCUGAACGAGGUGGCUACGGAUAUUGUACACCAGCACUCAGAGCGCCUCGACUACUACAGAGGAGCCAAUUUUGACACGUUCUACUCAACACGUGAGGAGCGUAAGAAGGUGGCGAAGCGCGAGUACGAGAACCAGAUGGUCCAGCGUGCGCAUCUACAGGCUUUCAUCGACAAGUUCCGCUACAACGCCGCCAAGUCGUCAGAAGCGCAGUCUCGUAUCAAGAAGCUGGAGAAGAUGCCGAUCUUGGAGGCACCUGAGGCAGAGUAUAGCGUCAAGUUCCAGUUCCCCCCGGUGGAAAAGUUAUCGCCACCCAUUGUGCAAAUGUCGGAGGUCACGUUUGGCUACAGCAAGGACAAGAUCUUGUUGCGUAAUGUCGACCUCGACGUGCAACUGGACUCGCGCAUCGGCAUUGUUGGACCCAACGGUGCUGGUAAGACGACUAUCCUCAAGCUGCUCAUUGGCAAGCUGUCUCCGUCAUCUGGUAUCAUCUCUGCCCACCCGCGACUGCGCAUAGGUUUCUUCGCCCAACACCACGUGGAUGCUUUGGACCUGACGACUAGCGCUGUCAGCUUCAUGGCCAAGAACUAUCCCGGCCGUAAGGACGAGGAGUACCGAAGGCAACUAGGUGCCUUUGGCAUUACGGGCACGACUGGCCUGCAGAAGAUGGGUCUGCUGUCUGGUGGUCAGAAAUCCAGGGUGGCGUUUGCCUGUUUGGCGUUGACCAACCCCCACAUUCUCGUUCUCGAUGAGCCUUCCAAUCAUUUGGAUAUCGAAGCCAUGGACGCGUUGGCCGACGCGUUGAACGAGUUUGAGGGUGGUGUGCUGAUGGUUUCCCACGAUGUCACCAUGCUGCAGGCAGUGUGCAAGUCGCUCUGGGUCUGCGAUGGCGGUACUGUCGAGAAGUUUGACGGUGACGUGAACCAGUACAAGAAGAGGAUUGCGGCACAAGCAGACGCUGCGGGCGUUGUCAAAGCUCACUAA